AUGUCACAUAAACAAGGUGAAAUCUACACAUACGACUUCUGUGAUGGUGACCACCCAGCUGAGCUUCUGGAUGCUCUCCGGCAUUUCUACAUCAGUGGCCUGUUCACCGAUGUUGCUCUACAAUGUGGAGACUCUGGACAGGUGUUUCACUGCCACAAGGCCCUGCUGUCAGCCCGCAGCUCCUAUUUCAAAAUCAUGUUCACAGCUGACAUGAGGGAGAGGUCAAACAGUGUCAUCAAACUCACUGGGGUCGAUUGCGGGGUCCUGGGUGCUCUGGUGAACUACGUGUACACAGCUCAGGUGUGCAUCACUGAGAGCAAUGUGCAGAGCCUGCUGGAGGCUGCGGAUCUACUGCAGUUCAUAUCUGUGAAACAAGCAUGUGAGGAGUUUCUCAUUCGCCUCCUGGAUGUGGACAACUGCCUCGGGAUGCAUGCUUUUGCCGAGCUGCACCUGUGUGCCGGUCUGGAGAGGGCGGCCCGCAGAUUGAUGCUGAGCAAGUUCACAGAGAUCAUUCAGCAGGACGAGUUCUUGGAGCUGGAUCAUGAGAGAACGAGAGCCGUUUUGGCUGCUCAGAGCCUCACCGUGCAGAGGGAUGAAGUGUUAAUAGAUGCUGUAGCCAAAUGGGUGACCCAUGACUUGGAUAAUCGUGUUCACUGUGCUGAGGAGUUGCUGCGCUCCAUCCAUCUGGAACUGGAUGAGAUUUACUUCAAGACUACUUUAGAGGUACACAGACGAUGUUUGCUGAACAGUGAAGGCAAAUUUAAAUCUAUGAUCGUUCAGGCUUUACAAUCUAAUAACAAGGAGAUGUGUGCAAGCAGAAAAAUGUCUUCUAGUAUGUACAUCAUCGGUGGAUACUACUGGCACCCUCUUUGUGAGGUGCACAUAUGGGAUCCUAUCAGCAACACUUGGGUGCAAGGAAAAGACAUGCCUGACCACACAAGAGAGAGCUACAGCGUCAGUUUACUUGGAGCAAAUAUAUAUGUGACAGGUGGCUACAGGACAAACACCGUUGAGGCUCUGGACACAGUUUCUGUUUAUAACUGUGACUACGAUGAAUGGACCGAGGGUUGCCCCAUGAUCACACCUAGAUACUACCACUGUUCUGUGGCCCUGCAUGGCUGUAUUUAUGCCAUCGGUGGAUACAGGGGAGGAGCUCCAGAGCAGGAGACAGAAUAUUAUGAUCCUCUGAAAAAGAAAUGGUUCCCUUUGGCUAAAAUGAUCCAAGGUGUAGGAAAUGCCACUGCCUGUGUAAUGGGAGACAAAAUCUAUGUCACUGGAGGUCACUAUGGGUACAGAGGGAACUGCACAUAUGAAAAAAUCCAAGUCUACAGGCCCGAUGUCGAUCAGUGGAGUAUCAGCACAAUAAGUCCACAUCCAGAGUACGGGCUGUGUUCAGUGUCUCUCGACAACAAGCUUUAUUUGGUGGGUGGACAGACGACUAUCGCAGACUGCUAUGACACAGAGAGAGACGAAUGGAGACCAAUAUCAGUGAUGAAGGAGAGGAGGAUGGAGUGUGGGGCUGUGGUAAUAAAUGGUUGUAUUUAUGUAACAGGGGGAUACUCGUAUUCAAAAGGGACUUAUCUGCAAAGCAUUGAGAAAUAUGACCCUGAGCUGGACUCCUGGGAGAUUGUGGGGACUCUUCCGAGUCCGACCAGAUCACAUGGGAGUGUUUGUGUUUACAGUGUUUAGUGUCAAACCCUCAUCGCAUCUUUUUGUGCCAAAUGAAUCAGGUGUUGAAGUGUAUAAUGACCAAUAGACUGUCACACAAGUUGCUGAGUUAGCUCUAUAUAACUGCCUUCAGUGAGGUUCACAUUUGCCAAACUGUGAAUUUAAUAACGCGCAUUUCAUUUAAAACUCAGGGGAUUCACAAAUAGCACUUUAGUUACUUUUGAGUAUUUCUGUAUCAAUAGAUUGUAAGGAGAAAGCUGAUGACUGUACUGAAGUGUGAUUUUAUUCCUCUUCAUAUAUGAAUCCACCUCAGACAACUGAUGCACUAGAGCACACCAAAUAAUCCUUUCCUUUUUUUUUUAAAAGUACUGUCAGCUGAUUAAAUAAAUAACUACUUGUG